GCGAACGACGUAAACCGCACAUCCUCCCUCAGUGCAUCCCUUGUCGCCAUGCUUGCUCGGCGGACGCUGGCUCGUGUCGGUUCCCAGCCUUCGGUGCUGGGAGCAGCCCCCACAAAUGCUCGUAACAUGGCGACGCUCCGUGAGCUUGAGCUGCGUCUCAAGUCCGUCAGGAAUAUUGAGAAAAUCACGAAGUCGAUGAAAAUGAUUGCGUCUACAAAAUUGGCGAAGGCUCAGCGUGCCAUGACUCAAGGGAAGGAGUACGGUGCAGCGAACGCCGAGCUGUUCCAGAAUGCUCCUACUGAGACACCGGCCAAGCGCAAACUCUUCAUUGUCGUCUCGUCUGACAAGGGUUUGUGCGGUGGUGUCCACUCCUCCGUCUCAAAGGCCACCAGGCGUGUGUUCGCCGAGCAGCAGGAGAUUGACCCCGAGUCCCCCAUCACGAUUAUCGGCGACAAGUCCAAGGCCCAGCUCUCCCGUGCCCUUCCCAAGAACGUCGCCCUCACGUUCAACCAGAUCGGCCGUGACGUCCCGACCUUCGCCGAUGCUGCUGGCGUCGCGGACUUGAUCAUCAAGUCCGGCGUGAAGUACGAUAGCAUCACCAUCGUUUACAACAAGUUCAUCUCUGCGAUCUCGUACGAGGCUGCCACUCUGGAGGUUUUAACCGAGAACGCUCUUAAGGAGUCACCGGGUUUCAAGGCAUACGAGAUGGAGGAUGACUUCACUAAGGACUUGUCUGAGUUCGCUCUUGCCAACGCUAUCUACGCCGCCCUUGUAGAGGGUCACGCAUGCGAAAUCAGCGCCCGUCGAAACGCUAUGGACAACGCGUCCAAGAACGCGUCAGACAUGAUCAACUCCCUCCAGCUGCAGUACAACCGUGGUCGUCAAGCCGCGAUUACGAACGAGUUGGUGGACAUUAUCACUGGUGCGAGUGCGUUGUAGAGGCGCGAUUCGCCAAAGCGGGCGUUGUGGGCAUCCAAGUACAGACCGUGGAUUUUGCUAGCGAGUCCGGGCCCUGUACUGUGGAUGCAACUAGAACAAUUCAUACAUUAUUCCGCUAAUCUAUGUUAGCAGACGAUGUGGAAUGUUCCACACCUGAUGCAGACACGACCAGGAACGUGUAAAUCUCCUGACUG